UCCUGUCAGUCAGUUGAUUUUUUUUUUUUUGAAAAGCCGAAUAAAAAUGAGCGAUAUCGAAACAAUUUGGACGAAAACUUACCAAAUAUUUCCAAUUUUAAACAAAUCCUUAAAAUGUAAUCCAAUAUCCAAUGAAGAUUUCGAUUAUGUUAUUGGUAAACUCAUCGAAUUGAAUAUCACCGAUUGUGUUUACGAGUCCAUUUUACUCGAAAUCAAUUCAAUGUUACGCGGAACUAUUGUUCCCGAAUUCUGGUCUCAAUUCCAAACGACCAUUGAAGAACAAGAUAACCAAUAUAUGUUAUUCAUGAAAUUCCAAAUGGCAAUUAUCAAACUUGAAGAAGACUUUCGAAAUAUUCAUGAACUCAUCAAAAGAAUAGGCAUUUUAAAGCAAACUUGUAAAUUUGCAAAGCCUGAAAACAAAGCGCGAGAUGAUAACGAAGAGAUCAAUAACAUGCUUAGGAGUAUACUCUUAUCGCAGCUUCCUGCUAAUUUUAAUACAGUUGUUUAUGCAUUUUAUAAUGUUUCAUUUAAAGUUUUUGCAAAUAGUCAUCAGGCUGGAGAAGAUGAUGAUAUGGGAGAUAUUGAUGAAGUUAAAUGCAAUGGAUGUGAUCGGGAAACAGAUGGUUGUCGUUGUCAGAAUCUUGUUUGUUCUUUUAAUAAAACCAAUGAGCACCUGACGAAUUUGGGGUUGCUAGAUCGAAUAGCUGGUCAUACACUGACUACACUUAUUCAGCAAAGAAUUGCAACACAUGUGCGAGAUACGUGUCUGGGUAUUUUUGAUAAAGGCCACUUGAAAGGGUUAGAGAAGUGGCUUGAAGGUAUAGUCUUAAAUUGGUUAACUAGAAUCUUCAAUCGCGGCCAUUUGAAAAUUGACGCAGAAGAUACAAAAACACAAGAAGUAAUACAAGAUUUCAAAGUAAAACUUACAUACUUUUUGUAUGAAACCUACGCAAACAUAAUCAUCGAACAAUUCUUCAGUAUUAUUAUUGAUUAUCCAGAUUCUAUUCCUGCCAUUGAUGAUCUCAAAAUUUGUUUGGAAAAAAUUGAUUUGCGAAAGCAUCUAAUAAAAUCACUCAAGGAAUCUCUUGAAGCACGAAUACUUCAUCCGGGUGUCAAUACUAUGGAUAUUCUCACCGGAUAUGUGGCAGCUAUAAAAACAAUUCGUCAUUUAGAUAGUAGUGGAGUUAUUUUGGAGACUGUUACGGAACCUGUGAAAGAGUAUCUUAGAAAGCGAAGUGACACCGUAAGAAGAGUUGUAACUGGCUUGACUGAGGAGGGUCCAACUGAUUUGGCCGAAGAAUUGGCCAAAAGUGAAGCACUUAAAGAAAAUAUUGAUGCUGCUGGAAAAGAUGAAAUGGCUAAUUGGGAGAAUUGGCAACCAGAUCCUGUGGAUGCAACACCGGCUGCUUUUACUCAAAAUCCUCGGAGUAAUCGAUCCGCUGACAUCAUAUCCAUGGUGGUGGAUAUUUACGGCAGUAAGGAGCUCUUCGUGAAUGAGUAUCGCAACCUCCUAGCAGAUAGAUUACUUGCCAGCUUAGACUUCAACCCAGACAGAGAAAUACGAAAUCUAGAGCUGCUUAAACUACGAUUUGGAGAGACACUGCUCCAUAGUUGUGAGGUGAUGUUAAAAGACAUAAGUGAUUCGAAGCGGAUAAAUGGUCACAUUCAAGGAGACAUCAGUUACAAUGAGAAUAGAACUUUUGAUUUGAAAUCAUUGAUAAUCUCAUCGCAAUUCUGGCCAGCUUUCAAUAAGGAAACACUUGAGUUACCGGAAGAAAUUGAAGAAGAGUUUAAGAAAUUUACUAAAUCUUAUGAAGCGUACAAAGGAAAUAGGACACUGUGUUGGCGUAAUGUUACCGGAAGAGUUGAACUAGAAAUCGAAAUUGGUGAUCGAACUAUCGAAAUAACAGCAGCUCCAACACAAGCCAUCAUCAUCUAUCAUUUCCAAUCAAAAAGUCAAUGGUCAUUGGACGAACUAAGUACGGUAAUGAAAAUUCCUCCCUCAGUAUUACGUCGAAGAAUUGGCUUUUGGCAAACUCAAGGAAUUCUUCGAGAAACACAACCAGAUGUUUAUGUUCUUGUUGAAGAAACAUCCGGAAGUGGAGGCAUGGAAGAAAUGCAAACAACAGAUAUUGCAGAAGACGAUGAAAGUGAAAGUGCCAUGGCAUCGGCGAGUGAUCAACGUGAAGAAGAACUCCAGGUAUUUUGGUCAUAUAUCGUCGGAAUGUUGACAAAUCUAGAUUCAUUGCCAAUUGAACGAAUACAUCAAAUGUUAAAAAUGUUUGCAUCUCAUGGACCAGGAAUUGAAUUCUCCCAGGAGGAGUUGAAAAACUUUUUGCAGCGCAAAGUUAGAGAACAUAAACUUAUUUUCAGUGGUGGUGUUUACCAAUUAGCAAAGUAAAUAAAAACGUAUGUUAAUUUUUUUAUAA